CAGGAUUGGUGCAGCAGCGCGGGCGGAUUCCUUCAUGGGCUCGGUCUUCAAGGCUCGCGGAGAGCGAAUGUCGUCAUGAGCGAACAACAGGACAGUAUGGCCACCACUGUCGCUGUCAGUCCCAGCGAAUACCUUCAGCCCUCCACCGCUUCUGCACAAGACACCCAGCCCUCUCCUCUGGCCCUCCUGGCUGCCACCUGCAGUAAAAUCGGCCCUCCUGCCGCUCAGGCUCCUGUCACCUCUCCUCCAGCACAGCCGCAACCUCGCAGGCUCCUUCCCAUAAAGCCGGCUCCUAUAGCCCCUGCUCCACCCAAAAACCUGGGUUUCCUUUCAACGAAGGGCAAUGUGAUCCAACUCCCAGCCGGCCUGGGCUCCACAGCCCCUGGCAGCCCCAUCGUCCUUACUAUCCAGCAGAGUCCUGCCCGUACCAACACCUCGGCCCCUGCCAACAUCCAGUACCAGGUGGUGCCACAGAUCCAGGGCGCCCAGACGAUCCAGGUGAUGCCCCAGGGAGGUCAGAUUCAGCUCAUACCAGGCACCAACCAGGCCAUUAUCACCACUCCCAUGACUGUGCCGGCCCCAGCUGCUGCCACCACUCCUGUCACGCCACAGAAGACUGUAGCCAUAAAACCUUCUCUCAAAUUGCGGAAGCCAAACAACACAGCUCCUAACAUGGUGCAGCUGCCCAGUGGGCUUACACUGCCCCUUAAUGUGGCUACAGGCGAGGUGGGUGGGACUCAAAUCGUCACAGAGAUGGCAACUACCCCUCCUACUCCUGGAAAAGGACGGCGAGGGAGAAAGAAGAAAGUGGUUCUGGCUGCAGAUCCUCCACCACCGCCUCCCACACAAGCUGCUUCACCACCCCCAGAGCAGAUGGAGACCAUCCUAAUAGAAGCUGGAGACAACAUCAUACAGGCGGGGAACAAUUUACUGAUUGUACAGAGUCCUGGGCAGCCAGCUAUGGUGCAGCAGGUCCAGCUGGUCCAGCCUAAGCAGGAGUCUCAGGUGGUUCAGAUCCCCCAGCAGGCAUUGAAGGUGGUGCAGGCCGCCUCUGCCACGUUGCCGCCCGUCCCACAGAGACAGCCGGUCUCCUCGAGUCUGCAGGUCACUCCAACAGAGCCGUCACCAACACAGAUCCUUUUCAAAACAGCUUCGGGUGAGUGGCAGUCCGUUCAGUUCCAGGAUUCAGUUUCCACGACAACAACCCCCACCACCUCGGUUACUACCGCUGCCCCAACCACCACCUCCCCGGCAGCGGCCACCACCAAGAGGACGCAGGCAGGGGGACGAAAGGAGCGGACUCUGGCUAAAAUUGCCCCGGCAGGUGGAAUGAUAACAUUGAAUACAUCGCAGCUUUCCUCAGCAGCACAAGCAGUGCAGACGAUCAGCAUCAACGGGGUCCAAGUUCAGGGAGUUCCUGUUACCAUCACCAAUGCAGGAGGCCAGCAGCAUCUAACGGUGCAGACGAUGCAAGGUGGAGGCCUCCAGCUGGCAGCAACGCAAGGCCAGCCUGCCAUUCAGGUGGACCAAACCCUGACCCUGGAGCUGCCUGGCCAGCCAGGAGAGAAGAAGCGUCGCAUGGCCUGCACCUGUCCUUACUGUAAAGAUGCAGACAAGAGGCCUGGGGAAGUGGGGAAGCGAAAACACAUCUGCCAUGUUCCCGGUUGUGAGAAGACAUUCAGAAAAACAUCACUGCUCAGAGCUCACGUCCGGUUGCACACCGGCGAGAGACCCUUUGUCUGCAACUGGGUUUUCUGUGGGAAGCGAUUCACACGCAGUGACGAGCUGCAAAGGCACGCCAGGACGCACACAGGAGACAAGCGAUUUGAAUGCAGCCAGUGUCAGAAACGCUUCAUGAGGAGCGACCACCUGACGAAGCAUUACAAGACUCACAUAAACACCAAGAACCUGUGAGCUGAUUGUGUGCUGAGUUAUACACAAACUCACAAAAACUAACUGUGUUUCAGGACGGAGGGACAGAGAGAGGGCAGGGCGACCAAGGGAGUGUGCGUGUGACUUACCCCAUAAGGGGGAAAUACUCCAGAAAAGCCCCUGUAUUCCCUCUCACUCUUCUAUGACACUGAGUAGUUUGGUGUACAAAGAAACCCUUCCUGAUGGACUUCAAACUGAUCCAGCAAGUUUAUUAAUAAUAGUUUUUUUCUCUGGUCCUGAAUAAAACCAAACCUAGCUCUGACUGAAUUUGUAAGAAGGUGAGGCCUCAGACACAGAUGCUUAACUCUGCUUGCUUAUUUAUGAGCUUUUCUGCAGAAGGAACAUAAACAGAAUUGUUAUUAAUAUUAUUAUUAUUAGAUACCAACACCCGAGACUCCAGGACGUCAGUCACUGCUUCCAUCUCCUUUGUUUUGUUUUUCUCCCCAAAACCUGCUUGUGUUUUGUUUUUUUUAGUUGUUUGUUGUGGAACAUCGGAAGCUCCCAGAAAUUGGCCGUCAAGCACUAAAAAAAGAAAAAAAUGAACAUGUUUUGUAAACAGAAUUGAUUUGACCUCAGUGGGAUGUUCAUUUUGUUUGAAGCUAUUUGUGUGUCAGCAGGAAUCGAUGCCGAUUUAAAACCUGUAAAACCCAAAUAAGUUGGGGACCACUGCAUACAAACCCCUCUUACAGUACUUUUGAAAACUUUAGAAGUUUACAUCAGCUAUUUUUAAAGUGUAUAAAUGCAUACUAUUAUAUAUAAUAUUGAUAAUAAACUAUUUAUAACAUUUUCCAUACAAUUGUUACAGAUUGAUUUGCAAAGUAGGCAUGUAAAAGAGCAAAGUAUCCAGACUAAAUGAGACUUGAAGCUAAACAGUAAAAGCUUAAAUUUACAGCAGAAAUACAAAGUGGAUGUUAAGAGAACAUCUGAAAACAUGGACAGUUUGCUUUGAGGGUUCCUAUCAGGCUGGCCAGAGAUCAUUCAGCGAGGCAAGCCUCUCAUUUGCAACACUUGAAGCCGAGUUUGUGCUCAUAACUGGGAAUUUAGGGGCAGGAGUCAUUGUGCCUUAGAAGUUGUCGUUAAAAGUGUGAAAUAAAUUAACAGGUAAAAGCAAGCAUCCGCUGGAUUUGAAGCAGUCAGUGUUUUAGUGAAGCUCGAUGACUCAUUGGAUGCCUUCAGUCAAAUGAGUGCAACAGGAUGAAGAUAUGGACUCAUUUCAAGGUUAGAAAAAUGUUUCAGAAGGCAUUUCUUGGAAAUAGUUUAUUUUAAUUCAAAGAAACCAAACUGAACUAUAGUGGAGGACCAAGAAUUAAUCCUUGUGGAACACCAAAGCAAAGAGGAUUCAAAUUUGAGCAGCCCAGGUGAUCAAGCAGCAUGUUGUGAUCCAUCCUGUAACUGAGAUCGGGCAAAUGCAGGAUAUGACUUCUGUUGGCCGCACAGAAGGGUUUGUUGCUGUUAUUAACAUCUCAGACGACUGGAGGACCCAACUCAAUGACACAUUUUCCUUAAAGAUGAGGAGGAACCCGUGUCACUUAAAAGUCAGUAAUAUAAAUUUACAGUUCAUGUUGUGAUUGAACAGCGUAUGUGGAUCCAGGUUGGACAGUAGGUCUGCUUUAUUAGGUAGUCAUGCAAAAGAUGAAACAUUUGUAGAAAACUGUACCAAUAACUUGUCCAAGCAGGUUGGUCUGGAAGAUAUCCAAGAGUAAUAAUCAUUUCAUUUCUGCACACUACCUAAAAUGAUCGGCUUUAGAGAAGCACUGCAAAAAAAACAUUUAUGGAAAACCUUGUUGUGUUGUUGAGGGUAACGGAGCCAAGUUAAGAGCCUUAAAACAAAUCUAGGACUUUUGGAAACAAGAUCAAAGACACAUCCUAAGUCUCUGAAGGAUUUAAUUCUGUGAAAUGUUAAGAGGAGUUGAUGACCCUGGUGACAAACCUGCUCAGACCUCUCCUUUCCCUGUGAGAUCCAAACCUGGCUGCUAAUAGUUGGUUAUCCAUCUCUGAUGCCACAACAGGUAUGCGUACAUCUAGAGCUGGGUAUCAGAUUUCAGUGCUUUUUGGUACUGAAAUCCCAGUUGUCCAUGUUUAGCCUCACGUCGUUCCUGAUUUAAAUCAAACUGUUGUUAUUUUUAGACUGUAUUUUAGUUGAGUUCUUAAAUGUCUGCCUGUCCUUAGUCAAAAUUCAACAUUAACUUCUGUUUCCUGUAUUAAAGUUAGUUUUAAUCAUGGUGUAUGCUUUCAAAAAAAAAGAGAAAAGGUACACCCCCUGUCGAAACUUUUUCUCAUUUAAAUAAAUUAGAACCCGUCUCAAAACUUUUGACAAGGGGUGUACCUUUACUAAACAAUACCCAGCUCUACUUAUUCUUGUGUACUGAUAAAUGAGAACCACAUCAUUCCAGGGUGUCACAUUCAUUCUGUUUAACUCACAACAUACUUUGGAUUUGGUGAUUUGUAGCCUAUGCAUUGCUGUAUAUAUGAUCAGAUUUUUUAUUAUUUGGCCUGACUUGACAAUCACGUCAUGAGAUGCAAAAACAAAACAAAAAAGCGAGCUUUCUCAGUUACAUGAUUUUCCAGCUAUAUAAUAGCUUUAACUCUGAAUUAACACUUGAGACAUUUUUGUUGAAAUGACCAGCAUUAGGCCUACUGCAGAGUAUUCACACAGGUUGCUCAUUUAUCAUUUACAGAAAACAUACUGUUUCUCAUAUCAGUUUUGAUAUCACAAAGAUGUACUGAUCUCUUACUAACAGGUCAUCAGUCAGUUUGAAGCCUGAAGUUGAAUGGAGCUGCUUUUAUUAAGAAGUACACCUACCAAUUCUUAAACAAGCCUUUUGGUCAAAUUAGCACGGUGCCAUCAGACAGCGACUAGCAGCUGCACCUCUGUUGAGUUUUACUGUGUUUUAAUAAUUCGUUUUUAGCAGAUGGUUCAGUCUUGCUAAAAAUUCUCCAACAAUUUCCUCUCUGUACAGAAGAGAGAAAUUUGACCAAAAAGCUGAAUAAAAGUUCAGUAUAUUUUAAAGCACUUUGAGCAAGGUUUUCUUCAAGUGUUUUACGGGGGUGACAUGAUUAAAAAAACAGCUUAGCUGGCCAAUAUUUGGUGUAUUUUUUAAAGAAUGUGUCCGAAUGCCAUUGGGAAGGACAGAUGGAGGCUGCUCAUAUUUAUGUUUGUAUUUCAUGUCUGAAUAUGUAAAUAAAGUGUGUGUCUGUCAGACACGGUAAAUGUAGGAUAUUACAAAACAAAAUUAAGCUGCAUAGUGUUGUGGUUGGCGUAGCCAGCCUUUAAGGAGAUGACCUUUGUACAAUGUGUAAGGAAUAAAAUAUAAUGUGACAUUGUAUAGCUUCAUUCCUGCUUUGUAUAAGACUUCUAGAUCUUUUUUUCUAUUGAAUUAAAGAUGCCUUAGACAGCUGCACCCAGUAUUUAAAGAUGUUUUUUUCUGUCUAAUUCCAGGUAACAAUUGUAAAUUUCCUUUUGUGUUUUUAACUUAUGUUACAUGCUAAUGUCAUGUGCACUGAUUAAAAUCCCAGGUUCCAAAAUUUGUUGAUUGUAAUUAAGUGUGAUACAUUUUUCCAAAUUAAGGCAUUUCUUUUGCUUGUUUUCUGUAAAUUAAAUGCUCCUUUUUCUCCAAGCCCAUAUGUCACAAUCUUUUACAGCCAAUUGUUGUGUGUAUCAGGAGAACCUAGAGAACCAGCAAUUAAUUUUAUAAGUUGUAUAAAGGUGCUAAAACAUAGCCUGCUCCUUUUCUACAGUCUUUCCCCUCAAUAAAGAACUCAAACUAU